CAUCAAUACGCAAACCGUCACAUACACAUCGCGUCUCGUUUCUUUUGAUAAUAAAAAAAAAUCAAAGCCUUUUUUGUAUUGAUCAGAAUUUGUUCUAACUUCUAAAGAUCGACGGAAUUAUUAUCUGAGUGAUUUUCUGCUCAGGAUGAGAGAAAGUUAAAUAUUUGUGCCAAGGAUUCUCUAGUAGAUGGCAGGUCGAAAAGGCUGCCAUUUUGGUUGUCGUUCCGAGUUCCGCAAGCGAGAUUUUACUUCAGAAUGUUUUAGGACGCGGCUUGAAGAUCAUCAAAGUUACUCGAAAGUUGGUGGAAGCGCGUCUUUGAGAGAAAUUCAAUCAAGAACGCCGUUGUAAAUCUUCUAGCAUCUUUUGACCAAUUGCAGAGAUGCCGAACAUUAAAUUGCAGAGCUCCGACGGGGAGGUUUUCGAGGUUGAUGUAGAGAUAGCCAAGUGCUCCGUGACUAUAAAAACUAUGUUGGAAGACUUGGGGAUAGAUGAGGACGAGGAGGAGGUGGUGCCACUACCGAAUGUUAAUUCUGCGAUUUUGAGGAAAGUUAUCCAGUGGGCGACAUAUCACAAGGACGACCCUCCUCCACCAGAGGACGAUGAAAACAAGGAAAAACGGACCGAUGACAUCAGCUCCUGGGAUGCCGAUUUUUUGAAAGUUGACCAGGGAACUCUCUUUGAAUUGAUUUUGGCCGCAAAUUACUUGGACAUCAAGGGUUUGCUCGACGUGACAUGUAAGACUGUUGCAAACAUGAUCAAAGGAAAGACGCCCGAUGAGAUUCGCAAGACUUUCAACAUUAAAAAUGAUUUCUCCAACGCCGAGGAGGAACAAGUGCGCAAAGAGAACGAGUGGUGCGAGGAGAAAUAGAUUGCGCCUCUUUGUCCCCCGGACUUCACCCAUAUUUUCUAUUUAAGUAGUUUGUUUUUUCUCACUUUUUUUUAAACAUUAUUUUUUCCUUUAAUUUUCUUAUUUAAAACUUCUUUCCCGACACAAGCGUUGUGUGCGUGAGAAUCAGGUUUCGUUUCAAUACGCCGUUUUCUAAAAAUUACUUGUAAUAUGACGUCGUGAAGAUUAAAAAAGUAAAAAAAAAUGCUUGAAUUGUA